AUGAAAAUAUUAAUAAUUAUUUAAGCUGGAUUUAAAAUCCAAAAACGUUUUAACUUACUCAACAAUCAUAAUAACAUUUAGUAAAUAGAAAAUCAUAAAACAUAUUUUUUUAAUAUAUAUAAAAUAUAGGAAUAAGGAUAUGUUUAUUUAGGAGGAAGAGAUAAAUCUUUAAGACCAACAAUCAUUUUUAGAGUGGAUUUAAUGGAUUUAAAAAAAAUUACUUAAGAAUCAAUAUUAUAAGCUUGUUUUAGAAUAUUUUAAAUUGCAGAGGAAACAUAUUUUUAUCCUUACCAUAUAGAAAACUGGAAUGUUUUCAUUUAAACAUAAAAAAUGAAUGUAUUUAGUUUUCCUUUUAAGGUCCUUGGAGAAAUAAUAAAAACAAUGUAAAAUAUAUUUCCAUCAAAUUUAAAUAAACUUUUUAUAUUAAAUCCUUCAAAAUCUUUAAAUUUUUCUUGGAAUGUAAUAAAAUCCUUAAUAAAUGAAAGAUCUUUAAAAAAAAUAUAAUUUUUAGAUUAAGAAUAAUUGAAAUAGUUAUUACAAAUUUACGAUUCUGAUUAAUUAGAAGAAGCUUUUGGAGGGGCUCAUCCAAAUUUAAGCAUUUUUUAUCCGCCUUAGAACUUUAAUAAAAUCAGAAAAUAAGAAUAGUAGUAGUAAUUUUAAAACUAAAAUAAUAAUGAUUAUGUUAAAAAUUAAAAUAGUAGUAACGGAAUAUAAUAUUAUGACAAAUCUUAUUUAUUUGAUAAAUAAAAUACAUAAAAUUAAUUUAUUUUAAAUAGAUAAAGUUUCAGAUAAUAAGAAGAUAAUUACGCUGAAUAAAUAUAAAGCAAAUAUAUAAGUUGGACUAAAUAAAUGAAGUAAUAUUAAAAAUGA